AUGGAAGUGGAAGACGGAAGGAAGGAAUUUUCAGUGCAGUUGAAGAGAUUUGCAGAGGCAAUGAGGACGAGAGAGAUGCUCUUAAACGAGAUACACAAAGCCACUGAAUGUUUGAAUGUGUUUGAGGAUCACAGGAAUGCAUUGGUAGAUGUGCUGAGGAUCUUUGAUGGUAAGAUGGAUGUUGAUGGCGAUGCAUGUGAGUCAAGAGUGAGGUCUGGAAUGCAAAACAUGCUUGAAUGGAAGCUGAUGGAUGUACCUGAUGAGAGAUGUGCUUUGGUGAUAUUCAACCUUGGAAAGAUGCCUACGCCAAGUAUGAGAUCGUUCUAUAGUCAGAAGUGGGUAUAUCCUAUUGAUUAUGUGUGCAAGAGAGUGUACCUACGUCAUGGUGAUAGGGCAGAAGGGUUGAUGGUGUACAAGUGUGUGAUUAGGAAUGUUGGAAGCAAGCCUGUAUUUGAAGUGUCUGAUGACGAAGGGAUGUGUAUUAGUGGAAAGUCUGGAGAGGUAUUUGUAGCACUUAAGAGAUUGUUUCCUAAAGGGCUUGAAUUUGAAAGCCUGAAUGAAUUUUUUGGACUUGGGAAUGUACACGUUUGCAAGAUGCUGAGUAUGCAGAAAGGGUUUGACGAGCUUGAGACAGGAAGUAAAUGGGUGUUAGAUAAUAGCAGUAUGUGUGCUAGUGACUUGAGUUGA